ACAAAAAACUUUUUAUUCUAUUUCUUGCAAUGUAUGAAACUUUUUGUGAAAUAAAUAAUUUUAUCAGUUAUGGUUGUUAGCGGGAAGAUCCUUGCUAGAUUUGUCGUAUUUCUUUCAUUUUAUCAUUAUAGCAUCUAUAUGGUAGAAGAUCUUUGAAUUAAAUAUGAAUAAUGAUAUGAACUGCAUGGAUUGUUUCCUUCAUUGAAAUUACCUGAUGCCAAAUAAACAAGCAUGUUCCCUGCUGAAAUUCCCAGGGCAUUUGUCUCUUUUCUUCUUCGUUCCCUUUGGUACUCGAAACUUUCAAUCCAAACUGUUGUGCGCAAUCAUUUCGGGGUCAACUGCAAUUCAUUGGGCUCGAAUAUGAAUGCAUGAGUGUCCGUUUGUUUCCAUCAUAUUCCCAAAGGAAAGAGGUAGCCAAUAAGAACAUAUUGAGCUGAGAUACGCACGCUUAUAAAGCAGGUCACAUGUUAAACAUAUACUUCUUCAGUCACCUUCCAUCGCGGCUGUUAGUAGCUUUUGUGUUAUUCUUUGGAAAGGUCACCACGAUGAAAAGGAAAGGGUCUUCGGGCGAACAAACUGAUACGAAAGGAAUGAAGAGGCGAAAGCGGGAAAAAAGGAUUGAUAGUGAUGGUACCAAGAAGUCCACGAGCAGCAAGAAAACCUCGCUCGAAGAUUUGAAGACCAAGUUGGACCUUUCUACACAUGCUGCUCUUAUGACGUCAAUGCUGGCACCCAAUACCCUUUUAACCUUCAAUGAAGAACAUUGGGAAAAGAAGCCUUUGCAUAUCAAAAGAGGAGACCACGAUUUUUAUGGAAACAUUUUUGACAAAGAAAAGUUUACCAAAGUAAUCGAAUCGAAUAAAUUGAGCUAUGACCUUGAUUUGAAUGCUACUAAAUUUGUCGAAGGAAGGAAGGAAAGCGUUAACGAUGAAGAUAUAGUAAAUGCAGCCGAAGUGAAAAAAUUAUUGGACAAGAAGAGUGCUAAUUUUCAGCUGCUACAACCACAGAGAUUUUCAGAUCCGCUCUGGAAAAUUAUUGAAUUGAUGGAGAAACAUUUUGGAAGCAAUGUUGGUGCUAGUUUCUAUGUUACACCCCCUUCUUCCCAAGUAUUCUCCCCUCAGCAGGACGAUUGCGAGGCAUUUGUGUUUCAACUAGAAGGAAAGGAGAAGUGGAUGUUAUAUAAACCACAGCAAGAGCUGGCGAGAGAAUUCGACUCUGAUUUUUCACCAAGUGACCUUGGAGAGGCUACUCAUGAACUAGAGCUUGAGGCGGGAGAUUUUCUGUAUUUCCCAAGAGGAACAAUCCACCAAGCGAAGGCUGUGUCUGAUGGCUUCUCGUCCCAUUUGAUGCUUUCAACCUACCAAACCAACUCUUGGGGAGAUUUCCUCUUGGAUGGAAUAACCACUGCGGUGGAAACCGCAAUAACCAGUGACGUAGAACUUAGAAGAGGAUUGCCAAUGGACUACCUUCUGAAACUUGGUACUGCUAAGUACCUCGAUGAUUACAUAGACAAUUCAGAUGAGGCAGAAGUAAAUGGCAAAGCAAACGGAGAUGAGGAGACAAAAGAGAAAAAGAAACCUAAAUCUCCUAAAAAGCCUUCAGAUGAGAUGGUUGAGAAGAUCAAAAUGAAACUUAAAGAUCUCCUUUGUCGCGUUGUCGAUCAUUUUGAUCCAAAUACUGUCGCAGAUUCACGAAGUGAGGACUUUAUGGCAAACCGACUUCCUCCCUUUGAUAAAAUCCCCGAAGAAGAAAAUAGUGAGAUGCCAACAGAAAAAAGUAGCAUAAAGCUAAUGUACCCAGAUCAUGUACGUUUGGUCGUAUACGAAGAGGAUGAUGAUGACGAAUUUGAUGCCGAGGCUGCAGAUGAAACGGACGAGGAGGACAUAGUUGGAAAUGAUGAUGAUAUGGACGAGGAUGAGGAGGAGAACGAGGCUGAAGACAAAGAGGAGAAGACUGAAAAGAAAGCAAAAGGGAAAGGAUCCAAAAGCAAAGACACAAAUGAUAAGUCAAAAGAAAAGAAGAGUAAAGGAAAGUCAAAGGGGAAGAAAAGUGAUACUGAAGACGACGAGAUGGAAGAAAACGGUGUCGAUGAAGAUGAUGAUGAUGACAAGGAAGAAGAUAUUCUGCAAGGUCCACAUAUAAGGCUGCUUUUCUCUGUGCAUAAUCCAAGAGAAACUCACAUGAUCAGUGGCUUGUCGGAGCCAAACACUGUCAAGUUAGCUUUGCAUUUCGCCAAGCCCAUCAAGUAUCUUCUUGAUCAUUGUCACGAGUUCGUUGCAGUCAAAGACCUACCACUUGCUGAAGAUAACGACAAAAGAGAAUUGGCCAGCACCCUCUGGACAGAAAAACUUAUUAGCGUCAAGUAAAGCAAGUCAGAACUGGAAUGGACUAAUUUUUAACGCUGUCUAACGCAAAAUAAAUAACAUAAUUCGAAAUUGGAAUUCAUAUAAUAAAUAUCAAGAGAAAAGUGUUUAUUUUUUAUAUUCAAUUAUCCCUAUCAAUUCAUGAUACAAAUGCUGAAAUACAAAAUCUUUAUAAAAAGUGCUUAACAUCUAAGAAACUGAAUGAUUCGAAUCAUUAAUCAUUUUGCCAAGCUCAGUCAUUAUCUAGAAUGAUUUUAAAAGGAAUCGCUAGAAUCGUUUGAAAUUUCCAUAGCACUUGAAAAUUCAGUUUUUUCC